UUUGGCUUUGCUGGUGGUGAUGGUGGAUUUGAUCACUUUGGUGGUGAUAAUGGAUUUGGCUAUGCUGGUGGUGAUGGUGGAUUUGGCCAGUUUGGUGGGGAUAAUGGAUCUGGCUAUGCUGAUGGUGUCGGAAGCCUUUUCAAAAUCAAACAAAAGAUUGAUUAA